AUGGGUCGAGGGAAAAAAUGGCGGCGCGACGAGGACGUUAGUUUGGCUACGGCGUACGCUACUGUAGCGUCCUCAGGGGUGAAAGAUGGACCCUUUUUCUGGGACGAAGUGCGCAGUCGAGUCCAGAGCGUGAGGAGUGUGCGUGCGCUACGGAAUCGAUGGAUUCUCAUGGCACACGAGGUGAAGGUGUUUGUGCAAUAUUUGGAUCGCAUCGAAGCUCAAGGAGAUAGUGGAGAAGUAGCGGCAAUAGAGAGAGCAAUGAGUAACUUUCGAGAGACAAAAGGACGAGACUUUGAGUUUAUAAACUGCUGGGACAUUGUACGGAAAUGCCACGAGACGAGAAGAGGAGAAGGAGGAGAGGUGGAGGAGACGGAAGAGGAAGUAGGAGACGAGGCUGGUGCCUUAAAUGCAAAAAAUGUAGCAGCAGAUACAGCUGAAGUUGCAGAAUAUGAGGUCCAGAUUCCAGUUGGUACUGCUGAUGCUGCUGCGGUUGCUGCUAAAAAGGAGGAAAGAACAAAGGCAGGGACAAAGACAAAGAGAGCUGCAAGCCCUAGGAAGACGCUGCCAGCGACGGAUGACUUGAUGUUCGUGCAACAGCAGCUUGUGAAUGAGAUGCGUCGGAAGAACGACUUGCAGGAGGACGAGCUGGCACUGAAGUUGUUCAGUGAGGGACGGGAAUCGAACGAGUCGCAGCAAUUCUUUAAGCUGCUGAAGAGGAAGAAGCUGUUGCUGCUGGAAAAAGAAGUAGAAGAACUGGAAGUAGCACAGCAGCAUCUGAGACAGCGCAGAUGCUAG